AUUUCAAGAAUCAAGGUAAUCCUGGACAAGAAAUGCUUUGAAUGUAAUAAAUUUUUUGAUGAUUUCUUUGUUCCAAAUCUUAUUGGUGUUCAAACUCUUACUAUGUCAAAACGUAUUAUGAAUGAAGUUGUGUGUUUAGCAGAAGAUCUAAAUAUUCCAAUUUAUUAUCAAGAUACCGAUAGUAUGCACAUAUUAAAAUCGAGAAUUACUGAAUUAGAAAAUGAAUAUAUUAAAAAAUAUAAUAAAGUACUUAGAGGUUUUGAUAUGGGUCAAUUCCAUCCAGAUUUUGAUGAAUUAUCUGGAGAUGUUAUUAGUAUUGAAUCAUAUUUCUUAAAUAAAAAGAAUUAUUUAAGAAACUAUAUGAUUAAGAAUCAUUUAAUUAUAAUCUUUUACAACUUAGACCAUCAUUUGAAUUUACUAAAGAUUUUAAAAUUAAAUCAAGAUCUCAAUUCUGUCGAAAUAUAA